AUGAACAGCAGGUUUGGGCGCAAAAAGACUAAAAAUCCCCCCUAUUUUUCUCAUGAAUUCAUUAUUACAAAUCAUGGGGACAUUGUCAGUGUUUUGGCGAUGCUAAUCAUCGUUGGUUUGCUGCACAAGGGAACCCAUGUUUUGUCUUCAUCCUUCAUAUUCAUCCAGUACAAUAACACCGACGAAAACCAAGAAAAUGCCUUAUUAUACAGCCCAGGAGCAAAAGAUUUAUGCGUAAUAUUUUUUUACACUCUUAUAUGUAUCGUAUCCCAUGCCGUACUUCAAGAGUAUCUCUUUGACAAAGUGACUCGAAAGUUAAGUUUGACAAAGGUUCGGCUAGCUAAAUUUAACGAGUCUGCCCACCUUGCAUGCUUUUAUGCUUUGUCCACAGUUUGGGCAGCUUACAGUAUUAUUAACGAAGGUUUUAUAGAAAAUUUGAGUAGUUUGUGGGAUAAUUAUCCGCAGAGAUGGUUGCCAUUCUGGAUCAAAUUGUUUUUCAUUACUCAAAUUUGCUACUGGCUUCAUGACUAUCCAGAGCUUUAUUUUCAGCGUGUAAGAAGUGAACUCAUACCUGCACGACUGUUUCAUGCAACAAUGUAUCUUCUCGGCAUAUCUUUGGCUUAUGUUGGAGGAUUAACUAAAUUAUGUAUGGUAGUUCUUGUUCUUCACUACGGUACUGACUUCUUCCUGCAUGUUUCUCGGGCGUUGCACCUUGCGGAGUAUAAGUUUGCAUCCAUUGGUUUUACCAUAUGGAAUUUGACUUUUAUACCAGUACGGAUGGCAUGCGUAAUCCUUGGUUUUCUCACUUUGCAUCAUGGUUUAGGAAAAUGUUCUGUAACGUUGGUGAAAAUUGCCGAUGGGAAUUUCAAUACUCCAUCUAUAAGAAUUGCUGCAAUGCUAUUUUUCUUCACUACGCAAGCUUUAAUGGUAUGGAAUUUCAUAACUUUCCAUCAACGGCAUCGUAGAGACAAACAACAAUCACAUACUUCUAAGAGUUGGUUCUUUACUAGUCAAGAUUCUGGACAGCGAAAAAAGGAGAAGAGAAAAGUUAAACGAGAAGAUGAAGACACUAGUGAUCAAACGGAAACUGAUCAAAAUACACAACAAAAAGAAUUAAAACGACGUAAACCGAUUAAAAUACGUUCAUAG